AUGGCUGUCCCUGACCUUGUGUAUGAUGAGGAGCUCUUCCCCAGUGGUCUUCGCAGUGUUUUAGAGCGUCUCACAAUCACUUCUGAUAAGCGGGACUGUACGCAAGAAUGGGUUGGUUGCUUUACAGCCAAUGCGGUUAUCUUGAGGAAUGGCAAAACGUCUACUGGCCGGGAUGAAAUUACAGAAAUGAUCGAAAGAUCAUGGGACAAUGUCGAAUGGCGAAACCACAAGCCCCGGAAGAUCUAUGCUCUUGGCAAAGGAACCCACGAUGUCUUUGUUAGAGGGUCAACUGAAUAUCAAUUCCAAGACGGCCGUUUUCAUGAGGGACAGUGGGGCGCUGAAAUCUCCUUUGUGGAGGUAAAUGGAGAAUGGAAGAUCCAGGCGUACACGGUGGUGUUUGUGUAA